AUGGUCGACAUUGAGGAUUUACAAAUCCAAUUUCAAAUGUUGCUGUGUCAAGCGAGCAUGGAUGUUGUAAAACCAAUAGCCGAACGUCUCAGCAUUGAGAGGGCAAACUGGAAAGAGAAAAAAAAUCCCAAAUGGUGGGUUUAUUGUGUAAAUUUGUGGACGGUGAACUUGAUAAAAAAAGAAACAGAUACGCAGCGUGUACAAAUGCUCCAAGACUUAAUCGGACGUUGCAAGGAGAUGAUUGUUCAAGAAUCUGGGGCCUGGGACGAUACAGCAGAAAAAGAAGUAGAAGCAGUUGAGGGUAAAAUUAAAGAACUAGAGGAAGCAAAAGCAAAAUUAGAAAAAGAAGCAGAAAUACUGCAGAAAACUGUUCAUAUUUUGGCUUAA